AUGUUGAAGGCGAACCUUAAAGGUUUGAAGAAUAUAAAAUUGCUAAAGAACGGUAAGACACAAGAUACCGGUAGUCUCGCUAUCAACUACCACGGACUUUUGGCUGACACAAAAACUCAUAUAGAAAUAUGCCUCGGUCUUCAAUUGACAAACCUGCUUGUUGUGGGAGAAGCCGGUCUCUGCAGGUACAAGUUGAAAAGUCGGGAUACUUGUAUUUAUUUUGAGGAGGGAAGUGGAGAGUAUGGUAUGUGGAAGGAAGCUUUCGAAGCUUGUAGGCACUCUUUGGUCGUUUCAGAAUCGGGAUCCUAUCACCAACCUAUUGUAUCCAAAAUGAGCGUCGAGCCGAUCAAGCGAUGCUGA